CUUCUGUCAGUGGGCAUCAACCGUAGAGUUCAUCGUUCACGUUCUAAGCCGGUUUCAGCUCCUGUUGUCACCUGUUGAACCACUCAUGAUUAUUGUAUUUAAAACUUUUGAUGAUCGGAAAUCAUUUCUUAAGAUCUUAUGAGUCUAAAACACAUUGGAAAAAUGUGAAAAAAUUAUUUUUAACAACAGUACAUUGGUUUUUAAACGGACGCAAAGAUGUCGAGGAGAAUGAUAAGGAAAAUAUGGCCGAUUCUCUUACUCCUGUCCAUUCUCUUCACACUACUUGUCAUUCAAUUUCAGCAGAAGAAGCCAGAUCCAAGAACCUUGAGGGACGACUGGGUGUCCUUAAGACUUUCUAAGGACCAGAAAGAGUACAUUGAUUCAAGAGGAGUUCAUGUUGUCGUAGGCCAUUACAUGGGUGACAGUGAAGGGUCCAAUUUUUCCAACAUAACUGAUGAAUUGCUCAAUUCUAAUAUGUUUUCGCCGAUUCCGAAUGAAGGAAAGGAUGGAAUGGCUGUUGUUAUUCCGCCACACUUAUCUGGAAAAAUGAAGCAGUUAUAUCACAUCAACAGAUUCAAUUUAAUGGCGAGUGAUAGAAUCCCUUUAAAUCGGACAUUACCUGAUGUUAGAAAGAAAAAGUGUCAUGGGAAGUACACUGAUAUAAUUGGUUUACCCAAAACAUCUGUGAUAAUCGUAUUUCACAACGAAGCUUGGUCUACGUUAUUGAGGACAGUUUGGUCUGUGAUAAACAGGUCUCCGAGGUCACUUUUGGAAGAAAUUUUAUUGGUUGAUGAUGCCAGUACUCGAAAAUUUUUGGGUAAAGAAUUGGAUGAUUAUGUGAAAAAUUUGACCGUUCCAACGAGAGUGUUGCGUACUGGAGAAAGAGUGGGUCUGAUCAGGGCACGGUUGAUAGGUGCCCGAGAAGCAAAAGGGCAGAUUCUGACAUUUCUUGAUGCACAUUGUGAAUGCACGACAGGUUGGUUGGAAGCUCUUGUGAUAAGAGUGGCUAAAGAUCGAACUCGUGUUGUGUGCCCUGUGAUUGAUAUAAUCUCUGACGAAUCAUUUGCUUAUGUGAGGAGCUUUGAACUGCACUGGGGAGCUUUCAACUGGGAUCUUCAUUUUCGAUGGUAUACCAUCUCCGGUGACGAAUUGAAAAAACGGCGUCUGGAUAUAACAGAACCUUUUAAAACACCAGCUAUGGCCGGAGGGCUAUUUGCAAUGGAUAAAAAUUUCUUUUUUGAAAUAGGAUCUUACGAUGACAAAAUGGAAGUUUGGGGAGGUGAAAACCUCGAAUUGUCUUUUAGGGUUUGGCAAUGUGGAGGUAGUGUCGAGAUUUCCCCUUGUUCACAUGUUGGCCAUCUUUUCAGGAAAUCGUCUCCAUAUUCCUUCCCAGGUGGAGUUACUCAAGUUCUUUACGGUAACUUAGCAAGACUUGCUCUAGUUUGGAUGGAUGAUUGGAAAGAUUUCUUUUUCAAAUUCAGUCCAGAAGCGAGCAGAUUGCGGGACCAGCAGCCAGUCAGAUCCAGGCUUGAGUUGAGAAAACAGCUUAAUUGCAAAGGUUUCAAAUGGUAUCUGGAUAAUGUUUGGCCUCAGCAUUUUUUCCCAAUGGAAGGUCGUUUCUUUGGUCGUAUUAAAAACCAAAUCCAUAACAAAUGCAUGGAAAAGCCUACAGGAAAAGGGUCCUUGAACCAGCCGAUGGGCCCGGCCACGAUCGUCCCUUGCAGCCUCAGUAACACACCUGCGCUUACCCAGAUGUUUGUAACUAAGUACGUUUCCGAUGGGACUCCUGGUGGUACCCUCGGCCCAAUUAUGACAGAUGAGAGUGUUUGCCUUGACGCACCGGAUAAAGAUGAUCCGGCGCUCGUGCCCCGUGUAAAAGUUAUGGCUUGCUCUGGACACGACAAGCAACUCUGGAGGCACAAUGUUAACAAGAAAACCCUCCAACAUGUUGCGAGUGGACUGUGCCUUGAUCUUCCCAACGACGGUGCCUUAGAAAAAGGCCUUGUCCUUAAUCCUUGUAAUGGGAAUGUAUCGCAAAAUUGGAUUUUGGAAUCUGUACCUUGGAGGUGACACACUGAAGAAAAUUGAGGCUGAUUAUAUUAAAAUAAAUAUUUACAGAAGUUAGUAAUCUUAAAUAACACUGUCUUUCAAAAUCUGUCCAAUAGUAAUAUUUAAAAAAAAAAUUAAGUGAAUUUAAUAUUUGUGAAAGUUAAGAUUUUUUUCUGGUCGUUUUAGUAAUUGUAAAUAACUAAAUUCAUUAAUUUCGUGGUCCGCUUGACCAAUUAAUAUAUUACAAUUAAUUAAGGUUUUUAGUUGAG